AUGCCUUUGCCCAAGUCGCUGCGGCGCCCGGUGGUGCGCCGUACCUCUUCGUCUUCGUCCGUGGGCCAGACACAACGCAAGAAAUGCCGCACGUGCAAUGGUCUUGAUCCGAGAGGCCAUGCAAGCACAGUAUGUCUUGAUGAGACUGCGAAGGAACCGAAGGCGAGCCUGAGCCUCGUUCUCGAUGCUUUGAAUUUGUCGAAGACGAAGGAUACGGCUAGAGGUGGAUGUAGAUUCUGCAAUGUCUUAAUCUUGGUCUUGGACGCUUUCUUUGAGAAGUGGAGAGGUGCGAGGGUGAGAAUUAAUGUCGACUUGAAAGAGAAAGGGACUAUCAAAGUGAGCCUCGAUGGCGAGCGAUGGAAGAAUGAAGUUGUUGAGAUAUAUGCUGGUUCAGUAUCUCGCACCCCCUGGCCUACCCUUGGUACGGCUCAUCAUAUUCCAGUCAACUCUGGGUCCGAUGAGACAUUUAACUUUAUUCGGCGCUGCAUUCAAGGCUGCAUCGCGAACCCCAAACAUACAGCCUGCAGAUUUUCAUGCAAGUCUUCGAUAUCAGCGCCAAAGCGACUCUUGGACGUCGGCCGAGCUUCAUCCCCGAUUCGGCUCGUCGACACCCAGGGAAAGAGUUUUCAAUAUGUUGCACUAUCGCAUUGCUGGGGCUCGGCGACCAUGCUCAAAACAACGAAAUCCAAUUGGCCUAAGCUAGCUAUCAACAUUUCUUUCAACUCUUUACCUCCACUCUUCCAAGAUGCAAUCAUCAUCACCCGCCAACUGGGCUUGCGGUUCAUCUGGAUUGACUCUCUAUGUAUUAUUCAAGAUAGCCUGAGGGAUUGGGAAUUAGAGUCUUCCAAAAUGGGAAGCAUCUAUCAGAACAGCUACAUCACGAUAUCCGCAACGAACUCUGGCGACGGCAGCGCCAGAUGUCUUGCGGAGAGGCGAAAGCCCAUCAAGAUACCCUACGAAAACACCACCAAGAAGGAGUUCGCGCUACGAGCAAGGAAGGUACUGGAUCACCACCCCACCUCCGAUCCCAAUAGCGGGCCCGCAAGGCCAGUGGGUCCACUUACAUUCCGCGCUUGGGCUCUACAAGAGCAUGUGCUUAGUACUAGAGUACUUCAUUACACAGCGACUGAGCUGUUGUUUGAGUGUAAGUCCUCUUAUCGUUGCGAGUGUAUGCCCGACCGGAAGGCAUACCCAACAACGCCAUCCCUUAUCCCAAAAGCGGUAGCAAGCAAGAAGAUCGAAUUUGUAUGGCAGGCAUGGCAGCGUAUCGUUGCGCAGUAUACUUUGAGGAGUCUGACUGUCCCUGGGGAUAAACUGCCCGCAAUAUCUGGUAUCGCAAGCAAGAUCAGGAAAGCAACACACUCAGAGUAUAUCGCAGGACUUUGGAAGGGUAAUAUAGCCUUGGAUCUGUUGUGGCAUGCCUCCCCUCCUGCGACAUCAGGUAGUGGUGCCUUUGUUUUGGACACAUGGCGGGCGCCAUCCUUCUCUUGGGCAAGUCUUGAUGUAGCCAUUACUUACACCUUCCUGGAUGAUGAGGAGCGUGAGACCUUCACGCCUACAGCAGCUCUUUUAGCUUCAUCGAUUGUGCCUACUGGGUUGAAUCCGAUGGGUGCCGUCUCUGGCGGAUCUCUCACGCUACGGGGCCCCACAACUCCUGCCAUCCUGUCCUCCGACCAAAAGCACGGGAAAUGGGCUUACACGCUUUUGAUCAAAGGCACGAGCUCAAUACACAUCACGAACGACUGCUUUCUUGUGGAUAGUAGUUUCAAGACUGAAGGAGGCGGAAAGGAAGAAACUGUGCGGCGCGCGCGACCGAGCGAUCCUUUGCGCCACUUUAAAGCAUGCGUGCUUUGCUUGAGCGUUGCAAGAUACGACAAUAUCGUCGCAGGACUCGUCCUGGGCGUGUCCGAGCAGAAUCCUGAGGCUUGGGAAAGACUGGGCACUUUUGCAGCGGGAACAGAGGCCUUUCAAAAGUCAGAGGAAAAGGAAGUGAUCCUCGUAUGA